AUGCUAGUUAAUAGUAGAGUGAGGAGAUUGGUCGUGACGGCUGCGACUGAAGGAUCUAGAAAACUUAAAGAAAUUCAACCGUCUUGGGCGAAUCCAGACUCGGAUGAGCCACCUCCUUGGGCAAGAGAGGAAGGACGUUCUUCUUCUUCUUCUUCCUCUACAUCCCAAGAGAGCUUGGAGGUUCCCUUCUUUGUUUAUCUGCUAGCCUCCGCGAUCACUGCCAUUGCUGCUAUUGGUUCUGUUUUUGAGUAUUCGAGUAAGAAUCCAGUGUUGGGUGUGUUGGAAUCCGACAGUAUCUUUUACACUCCUGUAAUUGGAUUCGUUGCUUUUACUGGAAUCCCCACUUCUGUGUUCCUAUGGUUCAAAUCUGUUGAAGCUGCUAACAAAGAAGCUGCUGAACAAGAUAAAAGAGAUGAUUAA